UUAAGUUGAAUCAGUGAACCAAAUAUUUUUGAUCGAAACCAUUGAAAAGCUGCACUAGAGCAAAAUGUUGCGUGUUUCUAUAAUUUUGUGCUUCAUUGCUGGAACUUUUGCUCAAUCGUUGAGACCCGGUCCUUGUCGCAAAGUCAAUGUGGAUCCAAUUGAUUUUAAUCGAAUGUCGGGACUAUGGUAUGAGCACUUGACUAGCCUUGAUCAAUUCGACCCUCUACAAGUAUGUCUUCAACAAUUGUGGUCUCAACCCAACAAUGGUGUUACAGAUGUUCUUUUUACCAGUAUUUUGACAACGACCAACCAAAACUUAACUGUUGAAGCGGAAGCUUAUACAAAUGAAGACAACGCUUUAUUAUAUGAUAUUCAUGUACCAAUUUUGGGAGUUUUACGCAGAGAGCGCCAAAUUCUUGAAACAGACUUUGAGAACUACUCAAUAUCUAGAAAUUGUACAAAUGUUGGAUCUAAUCACAUUGAAAACAUUGGGAUAUUUACACGAGAACAAAACCCACGUAUAAAUUACGCAAAUAUAGGACGGUAUGUAUUCGCUCGUUACGGUCUCAGAGCACCGGAAAUGAUAAAAAUUGAUCAACAAUGCUGUCUUUAAAUUUAUUUUGUAUUAGAAUUCAAUGACUAUAUUAAGCUCUUAUUUGUGUAAUUUCAAAUUUUG